CAAUCUUCAUUACACCUUAAAUUCAAUGUGUGCUUGUUUGUGCAUGCAUGUACAUGUGGUUUGAAAAUUAGGGUUCUGAAAAAGAUCGAUGGAGAUGGAGGAAGGUUUGGUAGUGAGAGGGAAUAUUGAGAUUGAUAUGCGGAGACCAUUCAAGUCCGUUAAAGAGGCUGUCAUGUUGUUCGGAGAAAAAGUUUUGGCCGGAGAGGUCUAUGCCGGCCAGCAGAUCAAACAGGCUGAGAGCAUUGUUGAUCAAAGCAAUGUCAACCAGUACCGAACAAAAGUUGGAGCCAUAGCAGCAGAGCUUGAAGAGACGAAACAAACCCUAGAAAAAGCAAAAGAGGAGGACACAUGCAUGGCUUACUACCUCGCAUCGCUCAAACAAGAGCUAGAAGAGACCAAGUCUGAACUCAAACAAUUGAAGUCGAGAAAAGAAACAUUUCAUCCAAAACAGCUUUCGCCUGUUGAUAAGGAGAUAGAAGAGAUCAAAUUCAUUCAAAGAGCGGAAGUAAAUCAUCCGGAGAUUGAAGGAAGUAGUGAUGAAGAUGAUUACUUGGGGUUUGAAAAUAACAGGUCAGUGAAGUUUGCUAGUCCCCCUUCUUUAACCAAAGUGAUGAUUGAAGCAUCCAAACAGCAGGAAACAAGCCCUUCUUCUCUCAAGAAGAAAGCCCAAAAGAAAACCUUAAUUCCUUCACUUAGUGGGAUUUUCUCAAGAAAAAAAGGUGGUCAAUCUACAAGAACACCGAAAUCUUUCAAAUGAAAAAACGUGGUUCUUCUAACUAAUUCAAAGUCGAUUAAUUUUGAUUUUGAUCAGCACCUUAUGAUGGGUCCUAUAUAUAUGAACGGAGACCCACCAAUUGAGGAUUAUGAGAUGAGAUGAGGUACCCGAAUUACACAAGUUAUAUUUCAAAUAUUGCGUAGGAAAUAAAAUGAUCUUUCAUUUGUUGCCAAAUGUUAGGCUUGUUUAGUUCCCUAUAAUGAUGAGUUA